AUGAGUGAAAAGGCUAAUCAGCGUCGAGAUAAGAGCUUGUACACAGCUUGGUUCGUGGCGUUUGCCUUGGUUGUAGUGUCUAUCGCCCUCCUCCAAAAUCCCAUUCCAUCUUCUUCCUCUACCCUAUCUUGGCUAGAGGCAUACGGCCCCGAGGCACAGUCCGAGAUAUGCCAUCAAGGCCCGGCGCUGUCCCCAACGAAUAAACGAGUCGAGACUUACGUUCGCGACAAGGUCGAUUCGGCGGAAUACCAGCGAGAAGUCAUCGGAAAGCUCUCGGGAAUCAUUCAGAUCCCAUCUGAAAGUUACGAUGAGUUGGGACCCAUUGGCGAAGACAACAGAUGGGAUGUAUUUUUCCAGGUGGAGGACUAUCUCAAACAUGUCUAUCCCACUGUGUUUCAAAGCGUGAAGUUGGAUCAUGCUAACACACAUGGGCUGAUCCUGACAUGGGAAGGCAGCGUUCCACCCUCAGAGGCCAAGCCAAUUCUCAUGCUGGCGCAUCAAGACGUGGUGCCUGUACUUAUGGAGAAUGUCAAAGACUGGACACAUCCGCCAUAUGAGGGUCACUACGAUGGGGAGAGCAUCUGGGGUCGCGGUGCAACUGACGAUAAGGGCUAUCUGAUUUCUAUCAUCGAGAGCCUGGAUCUGUUGAUCAAAAGCGGGUUCCAACCAAAGAGGACAGUUAUCCUGGCAUUUGGCUGUGACGAAGAGAUCAGUGGUGAGAACUGCGGGAGGCCAAUCUCAACUUUCCUGCUCGAACAAUACGGACACGACGGGAUCUAUUUGAUCAUGGAUGAGGGGUCCACGGGCAUCCAGAGAGAAUUCAACCGAUCCUUUGCCAUGGUUGGCAUCGCAGAAAAGGGGUAUUUAGAUGUUGGAAUCAAUGUCUCAUCGACCGGUGGUCAUGCGAGUAAUCCGCCUGAUCACAAUGCUAUUGGCAUCCUAUCGGAAAUCGUCGUCGCAAUUGAGAGCAACCCAUUCCUAGGAAAGAUCACUCCGAAGAAUCCUAUGUUCAAUUUCUUAGAGUGUGCCGCCGUCUAUGCUCCUGAGUCGAGUUUCCCAAUGUCUGUUCGCCGCACAUUGAGCAAGGCCGUUGCCCAAGACGGCAAUAUCAGCCAGGAGCAGUUGGACCAGGCUCUUGGUGAUAUGAGAUAUCACUUCAAGACAAGCCAAUCCGUUGGAAAGAUCAACGGUGGUAUUAAGAUUAAUGCCAUUCCCGAAACAGCGUCUAUCAUGGUCAACCUACGCCUUGCAGUUGAAACUAGUAUUGCUCAGGUGGAGGCACAUUAUGAGUCUCUUGUCAGGACCAUUGCGAAAACACAUGAAAUGGUAUUCCGCGGUUUCCAUUCAUCAUGCGAUCCUUCAGUGGCACGCAGGAUUUGCCUAUUUGGAGUUGAUGCCUUGGAGCCAGCUCCCGUUUCCCCUGUUGACGCUGAGUCCUUUGGCAUCUUAUCCGGCACCAUCAAGAAUGUCCUCAAGCCUCUCGGCCAGGAUGACGAGCUUAUUGUCACUCCAUAUUUGAUGCCAGCAAACACCGAUACCAAAUUCUUUUGGGGGUUAACCAAGAACAUCUACAGGUUCACGCCUGUGAAUCUGGUGCAAAAUCUCAACCGAGCACAUACGACUAAUGAGUUUAUUCGAGCCGAUGAAUUUGUGCGAGAGCCUUUGUUUUUCGCGAGUUUGAUUUUAAAUGCAGACGAUCUUAUAUAUUAG